CAGUUGUGAAUAUCUGCAGAUAUCCUAGGCUGCAUUACCCGCAGGGAUAAGGUGUAGACGUACCCCCCACACCGCCCGCCAAGAUGGUGGCCCUGUCCCUGAAGAUCUGUGUCCGCCAGUGCAACCUGGUGAAGACCAUGCAGUUUGAGCCGUCCACGGCCGUCUACGACGCCUGCAGAAUCAUCAGAGAGAGGGUUCCCGAAGCCCAGACUGGACAAGCCUCAGACUACGGCCUGUUCCUUUCUGAUGAGGACCCCAGGAAAGGMAUCUGGCUGGAGUCAGGAAGAACUCUGGAUUAUUACAUGCUGCGGAAUGGGGAUAUCCUUGAUUAUAAGAAGAAACAGAGGCCAUUGAAGAUCAAGAUGCUGGAUGGAGCUGUGAAAACCAUCAUGGUGGACGACUCCAAAACAGUGGGAGAGCUGCUAGUGACGAUAUGCAGUAGAAUAGGAAUCACCAACUACGAGGAGUACUCUCUGAUCCAGGAGGUAAUGGAGGAGAAGAAGGAGGAUGGGMYGGGCACCCUGAAGAAAGACAGGACYCUGCUCCGAGACGAGAGGAAGAUGGAGAAACUCAAAGCUAAGCUUCACACAGACGACGACUUGAACUGGCUUGACCACAGCAGAACGUUCCGUGAGCAGGGGGUGGAGGAGACCGAAACUCUUCUGCUCAGGAGGAAGUUCUUCUACUCAGACCAGAACGUGGAYUCACGAGACCCGGUCCAGCUCAACCUGCUCUACGUCCAGGCACGAGAUGACAUCCUAAAUAGUUCUCACCCUGUGUCCUUCGACAAGGCCUGUGAGUUUGCAGGGAUUCAGGCUCAGAUCCAGUUUGGACCGCACAUAGAACACAAACACAAACCUGGAUUCCUAGACCUCAAGGAGUUUCUACCUAAAGAAUAUAUCAAGCAGCGAGGGAAUGAAAAGAAAAUCUUUCAGGACCACAAGAACUGUGGUGAGAUGACAGAGAUAGAAGCUAAAGUAAAGUACGUGAAGCUAGCCAGGUCCCUAAGGACAUACGGAGUGUCUUUCUUCCUGGUGAAGGAGAAGAUGAAGAGUAAGAAUAAGCUGGUUCCCAGGCUGUUGGGGAUAACCAAAGAGUCAGUGAUGAGGGUGGAGGAGAAGACCAAAGACGUGGUGCAGGAGUGGCCCCUCACCACUGUAAAGAGAUGGGCCGCCUCGCCCAAGAGCUUCACCCUGGAUUUUGGGGAGUACCAGGAGAGCUACUACUCAGUCCAGACCACUGAGGGAGAACAAAUCUCUCAGCUCAUCGCUGGAUACAUCGACAUCAUCCUCAAAAAGAAGCAAAGUAAAGACCGUUUUGGUUUAGAAGGAGAUGAAGAAUCCACCAUGCUGGAAGAAUCCGUCUCCCCAAAGAAGUCGACGAUCCUGCAGCAGCAGUUUAACCGUGUGGGUCGUGUGGAGCAUGGUUCUGUGGCUCUACCAGGGGUGAUCAGGUCUGGCUCUAUAGGAGCAGAGUCUCUCAGCAUGGGCACCAUGCCUUCUGCACAGCAACAGGUCAUCAUGGGACAGAUGCACCGAGGACACAUGCCACCACUGAGCUCGGCCCAGCAGGCCCUGAUGGGGACCAUCAACACCAGUAUGCAGGCAGUACAGCAGGCACAGGCUGAUCUGGGAGAGGUGGACAACCUGCCUCCUCUGGGACAGGACAUGGCGUCCAAGGUGUGGAUCCAGAACAAGGUGGAUGAGUCCAAACAUGAGAUCCACUCCCAGGUGGACGCCAUCACCGCAGGAACAGCUUCUGUGGUCAACCUCACCGCUGGCGACCCGACAGACACAGACUACACUGCAGUGGGCUGUGCCAUCACCACCAUCUCCUCCAACCUGACAGAGAUGUCUAAARGUGUGAAGCUACUGGCUGCUCUUAUAGAGGACGACACGGGCGGGAGCAAUGACCUUAUGGGUGCCGCUAGGAACCUUGCUGGGGCCGUCUCUGACCUGCUCAAGGCUGUGGAACCUGCCUCCGGAGAGCCCCGUCAGACAGUGCUGAGUGCAGCAGGCAGUAUAGGCCAGGCCAGUGGAGACCUGCUGCUUCAGAUAGGAGAGAACGAGUCAGACGAGAGGUUCCAGGAGGUGCUGAUGAACCUGGCCAAGGCGGUGGCCAACGCGGCAGCCAUGAUGGUGCUGAAGGCUAAGAACGUGGCCCAGGUGGCAGACGACACGGUCCUACAGAACAGAGUCAUCGCUGCUGCCACGCAGUGUGCCCUCUCCACCUCCCAGCUGGUCGCCUGUGCCAAGGUGGUGAGUCCCACCAUCAGCUCCCCAGUGUGCCAGGAGCAGCUGAUUGAGGCAGGGAAGCUGGUGGACCGCUCAGUGGAGGGCUGUGUCCAGGCCUGUCUGUCUGCCACAGUCGACGGGGAGAUGCUGAAGCAGGUGAGUGCUGCAGCCAGUGUUGUCGGUCAGGCCCUGGGGGACCUGCUGGAGCAUGUAUGCCACUACGGCUCCCACGGCGAGCCCAUUGGUCGCUACGACCAGGCCACCGACACCAUCAUGACCGUAACAGAGAGCAUCUUCAGCUCCAUGGGAGACGCAGGAGAGAUGGUUCGUCAGGCCAGGGUCCUGGCUCAGGCCACCUCUGACCUGGUGAAUGCCAUGCGGUCAGAUGCUGAGGUGGAAGUGGAUGUUGACAACUCUAAGAAGCUACUUGCUGCAGCUAAACUACUGGCAGACGCCACAGCCAGGAUGGUGGAGGCUGGCGCAGCGGCAUACCCAGAGAACGAGGACCAGCAGCAGAGACUGAGGGAGGCGGCUGAGGGGUUACGCGUGGCCACCAACGCUGCAGCUCAGAACGCCAUCAAGAAGAAGCUCAUUAACAGGCUCGAGAAUGCCGCCAAGCAAGCUGCAGCUGCAGCCACCCAGACCAUCGCUGCCUCCCAGAAUGCAGCAGCCUCCAACAAGAACACCGCCGCUCACCAGCAAUUGGUGCAGAGCUGCAAGGCCAUGGCAGACCACAUUCCCCGGCUGGUCCAGGGGGUAAGGGGCAGCCAGGCCCAGCCUGAAGACCUCACUACCCAGCUAGCACUCAUCAUCACCAGCCAGAACUUCCUACAGCCUGGCAGUAAGAUGGUGACAUCAGCGAAGUCGUCUGUUCCCACGGUGAUGAACCAGGCCGCUGCUAUGCAGCUGGGUCAGUGUGCCAAGAACCUGGCCACCAGCCUGGCAGAGCUCAGAACCGCAGCACAGAAGGCCCACGAAGCCUGCGGCCCCAUGGAGAUCCACUCAGCUCUCACAGCCGUCCAGACUCUGAAGACUGAGCUCCAAGACGCCAAGAUGGCUGCCAUAGACAUGCAGCUGAAACCACUACCUGGAGAAUCGUUGGAGAAGUGUGCUCAGGAUCUGGGCAGCACCUCAAAGUCUGUGGGAUCCUCCAUGGCUCAGCUGCUCACCUGUGCUGCACAGGGCAAUGAACACUACACAGGGUUAGCAGCCAGAGAGACAGCCCAGGCCCUGAAGACUCUAGCCCAGGCAGCGCGGGGCGUGGCAGCCUCUACCACCAACCCUCAGGCAGCGGCGUCCAUGUUGGAUUCAGCCUGUGAUGUUAUGGAAGGCUCGGCCAUGCUGAUCCAUGAGGCCAAGCAAGCUCUGGUCUCUCCCGGUGACGCAGAGAGCCAGCAGAGGCUAGCCCAGGUGGCCAAGGCUGUGUCCCACUCUCUGAAUAACUGUGUCAACUGCCUGCCUGGCCAGAAGGAUGUGGACAUGGCCCUCAGGAGCAUUGGAGAGGCCAGCAAGAAACUGCUGGGAGAAACGCUCCCUCCAUCCACCAGGUCGUUCCAGGAGGCCCAGAGCGAGCUGAACCAGACCGCAGCAGAUCUGAACCAAUCAGCAGGAGACGUGGUCCAUGCCUCCCGYGGCUCCAGCACCCAGCUCGCAGACGCAUCUGGGAAGUUCAGCGAAGACUUUGAUGAGUUCUUGGACGCCGGCAUUGAGAUGGCUGGGCACACUCAGAGGAAAGAUGAGCAGAUCCAGGUGAUAGGUAACCUGAAGAACAUCUCCAUGGCUUCCAGCAAGCUGCUCCUGGCAGCCAAGUCUCUGUCUGUAGACCCUGGGGCAGCUAACGCCAAGAACCUUCUGGCUGCUGCUGCAAGAGCAGUGACAGAGAGCAUUACCUAGCUAUCACACUGGCCACACGCAGGCCCCCCGGGACAGAAGGAAGUGUGCAAUGCCCUACGAGAGCUGGAGGACGGUGAAAGGAAUGCUAGACCAGCCCCCAACAGCCAGUCAGCAAACUCUCCUAAACUUUCCCACUGGACAUCGAGGAAGACGGAUCACGAAAAUGUGAGGAAGAGCUUGUGGUUAUGCCUUGCCUCUAUUCACAGCAGCGCUCAGUGGUCAUGGCCCCUCAACCUAGCUGGAGUUCUCCAUGACGUCUCGAAUGCAGUGGAAGUAGGAGAGGUUUGCUGA